UCCCGCCGCCGGCGGCCGCUGUCAGGAUGAGGCGGAGGAGGCGGAGGCCCGGGCCGGCAGCUCCCGUCUCUCGCCGGGGCCCCCUGGCGUAGCGGUUCCCGCUCCGACGCCGCGGCUGGAGGCGGAGGAGGCCGCGGCGGCGCCGCCCGCCUGCCGGAGCCAUGGCCCAGCCGGGCCCGAGCCCCCCGACGGACGUUGCUCUUCUACAACGGGUAGCAGAAUUGGAAAAGGUCAACGCAGAAUUUUUGCGCACAAAGCAGCAACUUGAGCAAGAAUUUAAUCAAAAGAGAGCAAAAUUCAAGGAGCUGUACUUGGCAAAGGAAGAGGACCUGAAAAGACAAAAUGCAGUGCUGCAGGCAGCCCAAGAUGAUCUGGGACAAUUGCGGACACAACUGAUGGAAGCUCAUGCUGAAAUGGAAAACAUCAAAGCUAUAGCUACAGUAUCUGAGAAUACAAAGCAGGAAGCUAUCGAUGAGGUGAAGAGACAGUGGCAAGAGGAAGUAGCUUCACUGCAAGCUAUUAUGAAAGAGACUGUUCGUGACUAUGAGCUCCAGUAUCAUCACAGGAUGGAACAAGAGCGAGCUCAGUGGAACCAGUAUCGCGAAAACAUGGAACGGGAAAUAGCAGAGUUAAGAAGGCGACUGUCUGAAGGCCAAGAGGAGGAAAAUCUCGAAAAUGAAAUGAAGAAGGCCCAGGAAGAUGCUGAGAAGCUUCGUUCAGUUGUGAUGCCUAUGGAGAAAGAGAUUGCAGCACUAAAGGAGAAGUUGAUAGUAGCUGAAGAAAAAAUAAAGGAGUUAGAAGCAUCAAAGGUUAAAGAACUGAACCAUUAUCUGGAAGCUGAGAAGUCCUGUAGGACAGACUUAGAGAUGUACGUGGCUGUUCUCAACACGCAAAAAUCUGUUCUGCAAGAGGAUGCGGAGAAAUUGCGGAAAGAACUGCAUGAAGUCUGCCAUCUCCUAGAGCAAGAGCGACAGCAGCACAACCAGUUGAAACACACGUGGCAGAAAGCCAACGACCAGUUCUUGGAGUCUCAGCGUUUGCUGAUGAGAGACAUGCAACGUAUGGAAAUUGUCCUGACCUCUGAGCAGCUUCGACAGGUCGAAGAACUGAAAAAAAAAGAUCAGGAAGAAGAUGAUCAACAGAGACUUAGCAAAAGGAAGGAGCAGAAACAGAAAGAUUCAGACGAUGAAACAAAAGCUUCCUGCUCUUUAGCCCAUGAGGAAUCCCUUACCCAGUUCUCUAAUGAAGAGGUGCAUUUAAAUAGCACCCAUAGCUCAGUCCAUUCGCUGGACGCAGACUUGCUUCUGUCUUCUGGUGAAUCAUUCAAUAAAUCAGAAAACGAUAUGUUUAAAGAUGGACUACGGAGAGCACAGUCAACAGACAGUCUAGGGACAUCCGGAUCUUUACAGUCCAAAGCUUUAGGAUACAACAACAAAGCAAAAUCUGCGGGGAACCUGGAUGAGUCAGAUUUUGGACCACUUGUUGGAGCAGAUUCAGUGUCUGAGAACUAUGAUACGGCUUCCCUUGGGUCUCUGCAAAUGCCAAGCGGGUUUAUGUUAACCAAAGAUCAGGAGAAAGCAAUCAAAGCAAUGACACCAGAGCAAGAAGAGACUGCUUCACUUCUUUCCAGUGUUACACAAGGAGUUGAAAGCGCGUAUGUGUCUCCUAGCGGUUACCGCCUGGUGAGCGAGACAGAGUGGAAUCUGCUGCAGAAAGAGGUGCAGAAUGCAGGGAACAAGCUGGGUAGGCGCUGCGAUAUGUGCUCGAAUUAUGAGAAGCAGUUGCAAGGUAUCCAGAUUCAGGAGGCUGAAACAAGAGACCAGGUGAAAAAGCUGCAGGUGAUGCUGAGACAGGCUAAUGACCAACUGGAAAAGACAAUGAAAGAUAAACAGGAAUUGGAGGAGUAUAUGAAACAAAGUGCUGAAGACUCCUCCAAUCAGAUCUCCUUGCUAAUGGUUAAAUGUCAGAAGUCAGAGAAUUUCCUCAACGAACUGCAGCAGGCAUUUUCUCAAGCAAAGAGAAGUGUGCAGGAGCAAAUGGCUGUCCUGACACAGUCAAGGGAGCAGGUUUCAGAAGAGUUGGUGAGACUGCAGAAAGAUAACGAAAGUCUUCAAGGAAAGCAUAGCUUACAUGUGUCUUUGCAACAAGCUGAAGAUUUCAUUCUACCAGAAGCAGCAGAGGAGCUGCGGGAGCUGAUUUUAAAAUAUCGUGAAGACAUCAUUAGUGUGCGGACAGCAGCAGAUCACCUUGAGGAGAAACUUAAGGCAGAGAUUUUAUUCUUGAAAGAACAGAUUCAAGCUGAACAAUAUUUGAAAGAAAAUAUAGAAGAAACUCUACAGCUGGAAAUAGAGAAUUGCAAAGAGGAAAUCGCUUCCAUUUCUAGUUUAAAAGCUGAACUGGAAAGAAUAAAAGUGGAGAAAGAACAGUUAGAAAGUUCUUCACAGGAAAACCUGCAGCAGCUGGAGAGUCUGCAGGAAACAAAAAACACUCUGGAAGAACAGCUGAAGAAGGAAACAGCAGCAAAGGCAAACCUUGAACAGCUGGUGUUUGAAGAGAAGAAUAAAGCUCAGAGGCUACAGACUGAAUUAGAUGUCAGUGAGCAAGUGCAGAGAGAUUUUGUAAAGCUUUCUCAGACGCUUCAGGUGCAGCUGGAGCGGAUCCGGCAGGCAGAUUCCCUGGAGAGAAUCCGUGCAAUCCUGAAUGACACAAAACUGACGGACAUUAAUCAGCUUCCUGAAACAUGACACCCUGAUGAGCGUGCUCCAAGGCUGCAUUUGGGGUUUUUAACUCAUCUUUAUAGCAACAUUAAUUAUUAUUUAACUCUAACCGAAAGAGCAGAAGACAACAGAGGGGAGCAAUGACUAAGUUUUGUUUCUAGAGGGGAAAAGGUUUCGUGCUGGGCAGGAAGAGAGCACAAGAGUGACUUGUUGUGUAGGAAGGAGAACUUUCUAAUGGAAACACUAAUGGAUGCGGUGUUUCGUGUUCCACUGAGUGGGAUCAGUCCUUACAUUCUGAAAAACUUCCCCUCUUUCAGCCAACUUCGUAACCUGAUAUAGAAUUUUGGAACAUUUACCCCCGUUUUUUUUCCCUUUUUCCUUUCCCCCCCACUACUGUGAUCAAAGUAGCUGCUGGAAACCAUAUUGUCCCUCCAAAACAUUGAAGAGCAAAGUGGUUGAAGUUUUUCUGUUUGAAUAGUCAGUAACAGUAUUCAGCUAGCAGAGAGAAUGAGGUGUAGAGUAUGCUGUAUGAAUAUUUUAUAUUAAAAUAUGACUUUAUUAGCAGGACACUGGAUAUUGAUCUUAUUUCGUAACUCAGUGUGUUGUAUUUUUUUUUUUUUAACCGUUGACUUCGUGUUGAAGAAUCUGAAUGCUGCUGAAAUGUGGUGGUCAUGAGUGAGCUGUGUGUCUCCUGAACAGAAAAAUGCCAAUCCAAAAAACUCUGAAAACUGUACCGAGAGCUUAGCUCCUUGAAAUACUUCCUUUGAAUUCUGAUACUUAAAGAAAAAGCACAAGAAAUGCACUGUUUUGUAAUCUUUUUUUUCACAAAUGUAAUUUAAAACAUGGAAUUGCAGCUAGUUCUUUUUCGUCUUGAAAGCUGAGCAGUACCUGUAGAAGAAAAAAUGGUUUCCAUGUGAAGAAAAAAGGUUAGCAAAAACCCUAUGCGUUGUCUGAGCAGUGGCUCGGGGUUUGUGCAGGGCAGCUUUGCUCAGGUAGGUGGCACCAGGCAUGGGGUUACUUUCUCUGAAAAUGGUCAAGGUAAGAUGUUGAACAAAGCAAAGUCAGCUUGACCCUCCUCUUCUGGGUCAGUUUUAAGAGUAUACAAAGCAGUGAUGGCACUCUGUCACAGAGCACAAACGUGCCGGAGCUGCAUUAUGCUGCUGGUUCAAGUUUGAAAGGUGCAGUGCAUCUCUUCCUUGGAAGUACAGUAUCGUGUUAUUGCUCAGAGUUGAUUCGUACGCUGUCCUGUAUUUCUGUAAGCAUGCACUUAAAUUACACUAUGUAACACAACAACAAAGGCAAGACAUUUUUGUGAUUGGUCAGGUUUUAGGUUUGGGAUUCCUAAAUAAGUAACGUAAGCAUUCCUCCUUUUUCUCCUUAGCGGAGUUUCAUGCACGCAGUGGAAUAGGAACAGUUUAAUGUUUGGAUGCGGUAAUGGUGGAGGUGCAAAUUGAGUUCUUGGACUUCUUGUCCCUAGUGAAGACUCAAUUAGAAGAGAAGAGGCUGAGAGAGCAGCUUGUUAUUGUCCAGAAUUUAUAACUUAAGCUUUCUGCUAUUGUUUACUGUGUUAUCUUUGCCUACUAGGCCAUAGAUCUGGUGAUGACGAAAAAACAGAAAUGACAGAGAAUGCUCUGAACUGUAAUGCACAUGAAUAUAUUUUGGUAGGUACUUAAAUCCUAUUUUAGCAGUGUGUGUCCUGCUACUAACAAAAAGAAGUUAGGACUGGUGGUUUUGAAGAGGAAUGCCUUAAAAACAGCCAAAAAGAAGCAUUUGAGCUCAGUUGCUUAUCAUUUAUUGCAGAAAAUAAAGCGUUUUAUUCACCCUAGAAAUUAAUUUAUGUCAUAAUCCUGACACUUCAAACCCAUUUUUCCUAUCUUAGUGACAACUGGACUAAUAGAUGGCAGGGUUGUCACCUUCCAGAUAAUUUGUUGAUUGCUUGUUUCAUUUAAAAGAAGUUGAAUCGUGGUUAGGUUCUUGAUUUUGGGUGUUUAAAUCUCUCUCGGUAUUUGCCGAACUGUGAGGUGACAGCAGCUGCCUUCUGAUGCAGAAAUCUAAUACCAGGUGUUUUGCAUUCAGUUUUCCAGUGGUUAUUCUCUUCCUUCCUGACAACUAACUCUUAACUGGUUGCUGGUAGUUAACCUGUGCGGCAGUGAUUUAAGGAAGCCUGUUGUUUUAUGGCUAAGCUACAGUGAUGACCUACAUCUUCUCAGCAAGCUGAACACUUGAGGAAUUGUUCCUGAAGACAUAUGCAGAAAAGGAGUUUUUAGUUGAGUUUAUGGACUGUUUUUCUAAUGCAAGAGGGCUGUUAAUGGCAUUUCAGCAUCCCUUUCUAGUCUGGCUGCCAGUGCCUGUUCUCAGCAGCCCUCUCUUCCUACCUGCUCUUGCCUUCCCCUUAACCGUGGCCAUAGCUGACUGUUUGAGAUUGCUUUGGAUUGUGCAGGGCUGGCGUGGCUUUUCCUUAGUGUAUGUUUACAAAUGGUUGGCCUGGCUUUCUCUAUAGUCACGGUGUUGUCAGCUUGCAGAUGACGAUGGCUGCAGGGAGCCUUUCUGUAGUCCAUAGGGGAGAGCAAGUGAAUGAGAGAUCGCUCUGUGAUGGUUCAUAGACACAGUAACGAGUGCAGCAGUUGCAGAAUGAAGUUGUGGGCACGUGUGUGUGUGUGUGUGUGUGUGUGUGUGUGUGUGUGUGUGUAUCUGUAUGCAUGCUUGUGUGUAUUCCCCAGGGGCCAGUGAUGGCCUGUAGGCCUGGUCUGAGGAGGUUGGAGGUAGAUGCAGUAGGGCUCAAAGGGGACUAAUGAGAACUUUCCUGAAAGCAGUGGUGCUGGCUGCUGGGUUCCUUAUUUGUGAUGCAGACACUGCACGUGUCACUGGACUAACAGCCUGUGGUGAGCAGAGGAAGGAGACAGAGUGAUGGCCUGGUUGUUUGUACCACCUCACUCCUGCUUUAAGUACUGUGACCAUUUGAAAGCUGGAAAACGAGUGAUCUUUUUCCCCAGCUGCCGCUCCUCCCUUUUAAAAAAAUCUGUUUUCAAAUUAGAAACUUACCCGUCCACAAAAGAGAUGGGAGAUGCGCUCACUACAACCGACUGUCCUGCUCACCCUAGGAGGGCCAUCCCUCCUGGGGAAGGAAAGCACAGCUUCAGAGACGGUAACUCAAGCUUCUGCUGCACUCAAAUGUAAGAAAACGUGAAGUGGCCUUUAAAAUUUUUUUUUUUUGAAAGUGCCAAAUUUGCAGAGCACUUAUUUAAACCACUGUCCAUGAAGCGUAGUUAAAAGCUCUUGUUACAAAGCCGUAGAUACUCAGUGGAUUAUGACGGUGUUGCUUAUAAUAAAUCAGAGAUUAAACACUCUUCCCUCUCGUUCUUGGAGCUUGUUGGGAAUGGGGUGAUAGGUUCUCCUCACUCAGUAAGAGUUUGUUUUUUUAACAGGCGCUACUUCUAACCUGGCAGUUCAGCUCUGAUACACAGGGUGAGUGCAUUAGAAAGCUGGAUUCUGUUUAUGCAGACUGUAAAAGGGGGUGAGAUGAAGUUUUGUAUGCAUUCCUAUACUUGUAUAGUCUUAAUCUGUACAAAAAAACAAAAGUGUUCUUGCAGCAUGUGUGGUAACCUGGUUACCUAACAGGUAAUAACAGCCCUCCUUUCCUUCCAGCUUGACUUUGGCACCUCUUGCCGUGCCACUUUUGUAGCAGUGCAGUACUACUUUUCAAAACUGAGCUUGACCAUGUCACCUUUUGAAAGGGGAAGUGGGAGGGGAGGGGGGCAGAACAAGAAUUAUUUGUUGUCCACUAAAGUUCGUCUACAGCAGAUAAUUGGCCUUUCAAUGCCAAGGCAGUGCCAGUUUUUGAUAAAGGCAAACUGAGUGUUUGGAAGUUAAUACUGCAUUCCAGUGAACCAAGCCAUUGGUGUCCUGUGCAAUUGUGGAUGUAGAAUUCUGCUGUCUACAGGAUUCAAGUGUAACCCUUUGUUAACUGUAUUGAAGGUGUGUCCUUUAUGAAGAAAGUGUUCCCAAUUAAAAAAAGCUGCUGACGUG